UAAUUGUAUUGAAUAAUGAGUGGUAUAUGUGCAAGUGUAUUUCAGUCAUCGGGAGUAAUUGCAGAGGAGGUGAAGGAAUGGAUUGAGAGUGAGGAGUGCCUGCAAAGCUGUGGUCUGCAGAGAAUGAAUGUGGGAAUGUCGACUGAUGAUCUUUUCGAAAAUUCUGAUUUCACCUCUAAACUGUGCUCAAACAAGUGCCAAAACAGGUGCCCCAACAUUGUCAAUCUCUAUCAAAAUCUCGCAGCAGGAGAACAAAUAUAUUUACCUCACCUAUGCGAGGCUCACAAUACACGAAGAAGGCGAAUGAUGAUCGGAACUGCAUCUGCGCCGACUGUUGGAGGACUGAAGAGUUUUUCCCUUGCUGCAGCAGUUGCACCUGCCCCUGAAUAGAGAACAUUUAUAUUACUUCGCCGACAAUAUUGUAUUUAAUCAACGCUAUCCUUUUCAUCCAUAGUUUAAGCAAUGUAUGGGGUUAGAAUUUCUCGUACUGUAGGUCUCGCAUGUAAGGCACUCUAGCUAUGGAUCUUGUAAUGUCAUGCAUUUUAGAUAUGAGUUGAGUUGUCCGACUGCAUACAUUGUAGCUGAAGUUAUUAAUCAAAAAGCAAUGCAGAAAUGAUUUCAGAUU